GCCCUUGUUUCAGACCUCCACACGUCCGAGAAAUGUAUAAGUAUCCCGUUUGCCUAACCACGUCACUUGCCUCUCUUCACAACUUCCAACCCAACAACAACACCGGAUCCAAGCUCUUCAAAGCGUCACGAAACAAACCGCCACAGCCAAAACCCUCAAGAUGUUCUCCCCAUUCGCCUCCACCAAGACCACCGGAACCGCUACUUCCACCUCCACCUCCGGUCAAACGCAAGUUGCCCAGCCCUCUUCUUCCUCUACCUCGACUUCCGAGAACAGCACCGGGAACAACCAUCUGUACAUGUCGAAGGGCAAGACUUGGAGUUCUACCUCCGGAAGUGGCUCCGGAUCUAUCCCCAUCUAA